AUGGACUCGUGGCUCAUUAAAAAACAGAUUUUGCCAAGCAGUGAGGACAACAGCUCAGUCUCAAGACCAUCGACAUCGGGACCUCAGAAUAGCCAGUCAGAGCUAGAAAGCAGCGACUUUGAGAUAAGUAACGAAGAUGAUAAUAAUGAACCAGAGAAGAAAAGAAAGAAAGUUUUGAAGAAGACCAUCGUCAGGAACAAAACAACGUACAAAUUUUCCAAUGAAACCACGGACAUUUCAACAAAAAAACAAUGCGCUCUCACUGUUAUUUAUUUUGAUAUUGAAAAGAACAAAGUCGUUACUCAAUUUUUUGACUUGAUAGAGUCCGAGGGUAGCACCGCAAUUGAUUUAUUCGAAUUAUUGAUUUUAACGUUAAAAAAUAAAAAUUUGCCCCUAACAAAUCUUGUUGGAUUUUCAUCGGACACGACGAACGUAAUGGCAGGGACACGAGUACUCCAUUCAGUUUUUACUUUAUUAAAAGAAAAUAUUCCCCAUAUAAUUUGCAUAAAAUGUUCCUGCCAUAUGGCCCAUUUGGCCACCUCUAAAGCCUGUUUAAAACUGCCCAAAUCAGUGGAAGACUUGCUAAGGAAUAUUGGCAGUCAUUUUCACCGUAGCUCUCAAAGAACUAAACGAUUUGAAGAAUUUCAAACAUUUUUCGAAGUGAAAAUCCAUAAAAUAUUGUCACCGGCUGUUACAAGAUGGCUGUCUAUUAAAAAUUGUGUUGAUAGGGUUUUGGAGCAGUACGAGCCUCUAAAAGGGUAUUUUAGGGAGUUGGUGUUUGAAGAUCCUUCUCAUACGACUCAAAUAAUGAUUGAAACCUUAGAAAAUAAAUUUACAAAGGCAUAUUUGGAGUUUAUGAGUUAUACCCUAGGACUCAUGACUGAUUUUAACAUUCUUUUUCAAUCUGAAAAACCUCUCCUUUACAAAGUGAAACCUGAAACAGAAAAACUUUUAAAAACUUUAUGUAGUAACUAUAUGGAAAUAAACAUUAUAAGAAAAUGUACAAAUAUUUUUCAGUUAAAUCAUUUAAACCCAAAAUAUUUUGCUCCUUUGGAUAAAAUUUACUUGGGUUUAGAAGCAACCGAAACAAUACUCUAUAUAUCGGAAAGCUCCACGACCAAAAAAGAUGUGGACAAUUUUCUUAAAACAAUUUUAGAGUUUUACCUUGAACUAUAG